GCUAACAAGAUGGCGCCGAACACGCAGAGCAAAGGCCAAAGUGUGAUUAUUCGCCUGUAUUUAAUUUUAUAUAAUGUCGCUCAGCUAGCUGGAUGGUCGUUCCUCAUGUACAAGAUGGUGGAGGUGUACCUUAAACAAAAGUCGUUUAAUCUGAUCUAUAAGGAAGUUGAUUAUAUCGUGCAGAUUUUCCAAACUGCAGCCAUUUUAGAGGUUCUACAUUGUGCAGUGGGCUUUGUGAAAUCUAGUGUGGUUUUAACAGCAUUUCAGAUAGCUUCUAGAGUCUUUUUGGUUUGGGGAAUCGUCUAUAGUGUGAAAGAGGUUCAGACCAGUCCAGCAGUUCCCAUGUUUUUAUUUGCAUGGACUGUAACAGAGAUCAUUAGAUACUCAUUUUAUUUUUUCUCACUGGUGGGAAGUGUACCCUAUAUACUCAUCUGGUGCAGAUAUACCUUUUUCAUCAUUCUCUAUCCAGUUGGCGUGCUAGGUGAAUUGUUGUCAAUUUGGGGUGCCAUGCCUUUUGUGAAGAAAACAAACCUAUAUAAUUUAGAUUUACCAAACCAGUAUAACGUAGCCUUCAAUUUCUACUUCUUCUUAUGGUUCGUUAUUGUCAUGUACAUACCAGUUUUUCCUCAGCUGUACAUGCAUAUGUUACGUCAAAGAAGAAAAAUGGUGGGUGGAGAAAAUACUAAACUCAGGCAGAAAGCCGACUAAAAUUUCCUUGAACAAAUUCCUGGCAGUAGCUAUUUGCCAAGUUACUGGCAGGAGCUAUUUGGAUAAAUUCCUUGCAGGGAAAAUUUGAACAAAUUAUUGGCAGGGUCUAAUUGAACAAGUGACUGGCAGCAGCUAUUUGACAAGUUACUGGCAGCGUCUAUUUGCCAAAUUUUCAGGCUGUUUAUUUCUAAAAUCGUGGUUUCAAAUUUUACAAAGCAUUUAGUAGCAUAUACUCAAUGAAAAAAUGAUGUGAUUGGAUGAAUGAUUUCUUUGAAUUUGAGCAUAAUCUGAUAAACAGUAGACAUAGCUAAUGAAUAAAUUUUAGAAAAUUUAGCUCUAGAAAUUUGAGAAUUUAAGCCAAUGAAAAAAGGCUAAAUUCAAAAUCUAGGUUAGUGAAUAUAUCAAUAAUUAUUUUAUACUACUAACUUUUUAAUAAAUUUGUAUUAAUCCUU